GUUUUCAAUGUUGAAGUUUAGUCUAAUGCCUCUGUACAGCCUGGUGCGCAAACUUGGACUCGGACUGAAAACAAUGGUGUUUCCCGCACUAUGGUGAGCCGUCCGGGCACCGAACCCGAGAUCCGGAACUCCGGUUUGAGUUUGUAAAUUUGUUAAAUCGAGUCUAACUAACUUCUCGGGCUUGUUUUCGGACUCUUGCGGGUAAUGGCCAGCAGUGGCUGAAGUGUUUUGAUCCCGUCAGUGACCGCCUGCAAACAGCAGGGAGAGCUGUGCGGCGACCACACUGCAUUAGUUUAGGAGCAGUUCGCAGAAGUGGAGGAAAUCUGGGAGCUGGUUUCUUGCUGGCGACGAAAGUAAUUUAAACACAGUUUGUGACGGAUAACAACCCAAUAAGCCAUGGAGGCCUCACAGGACCUCAACGAACAGAUGGUAAAGAAAUCCCACAGUGAAUCUCAUGUUCCAGACCCUUCAGACACCAGGUCUAUGGAAAUGCAGGACCUAGCCAGUCCUCAUAACCGUGUGGGUGGUGGAGAUUCGACAGGCUCCAAGCUGGACAAGAACAACCUUGGCAGCCCCUCCGUCACCACCAAUGGAACAGGAGGUGAAAACAUGACAGUUCUAAACACGGCUGAUUGGCUGUUGGGCUGCAGCAGCCCGCCCCCUGCCCCGGGCUCCAAGGACUAUGUGAAAACAGAGCCUAUGAACAACAGCGAUACAGUCACUACGACAGGCGACACAGCACUGGACACAUACGCAGGCUCAGUAAUCACCAGCAGCGGGUACAGCCCUCGUUCAGCACACCAGUACUCCCCUCCCCUCUACCCAUCCAAGCCCUAUCCUCACAUUCUCUCCACACCGGCAGCCCCUCCCAUGCCGACGUACGCCGGCCAACCCCAGUUCAGCAGCAUGCAGCAGUCGGCCGUCUACACCGCUUACUCCCAGGCAGGACAGGCAUACGGACUGUCCUCCUAUGACCUCGGUGUGAUGCUGCCGGGCAUUAAGACAGAGAGCGGCCUGAAUCAGAGUCAGUCUCCUCUGCAGACAGGCCUCAGCUACAGUCCCGGCUUCACCACACCUCAGCCCGGACAGACUGCAUACUCACCCUAUCAGAUGCCAGGUUCAAGUUUCACUCCUUCCCCAGGCCUCUACGCCACCAACAACUCAGUGUCCAACCCCGCCAACUACACUGCCACACAGCAGGAUUAUCCCUCAUAUACAACGUUUGGCCAAAACCAGUAUGCCCAGUAUUAUUCCGCCUCCGCUUAUGGAACUUAUAUGACCUCCAACAGCGUGGAUGGCACAGGCUCAACGGCAGCCUACCAGCUGCAAGAUCCCGCCCCUGCCAUGACCGGACAGGCUGCUGAACUUCACCCAGGGGACUUUGAUACAGUGCAGAGCCCCUCCACGCCUAUCAAAGAGCUGGAUGACCGAGCCUGCCGGAGUGGGGGGUCCAAGUCCCGGGGCAGGGGCCGUAAGAACAACCCCUCCCCUCCCCCCGAUAGUGACCUGGAGAGGGUGUUUGUGUGGGAUCUGGACGAGACAAUCAUCGUCUUCCACUCUCUGCUCACAGGCUCCUACGCACAGAAAUAUGGCAAGGACCCUCCCAUGGCGGUAACGCUGGGUCUGAGGAUGGAGGAGAUGAUCUUCAACUUGGCUGACACACACUUAUUCUUUAAUGACCUGGAGGAGUGUGAUCAGGUACAUAUUGAUGAUGUGUCAUCAGACGACAAUGGUCAGGACUUAAGUACUUACAGUUUUGCAACUGAUGGCUUCCAUGCAGCUGCAACCAGCGCCAACCUGUGCCUGGCUACGGGGGUCCGCGGUGGGGUCGACUGGAUGAGGAAACUGGCCUUCCGCUACCGACGAGUCAAAGAGUUGUAUAGCACGUACAAAAACAAUGUGGGGGGUCUGCUGGGUCCUGCUAAAAGAGACGCCUGGCUGCAGCUCAGAGCGGAGGUGGAGGCUCUGACUGACUCCUGGCUCACCCACGCACUCAAGUCCCUGUCCAUCAUCAGCUCCAGGAGUAACUGUGUAAACGUGUUGGUGACCACAACGCAGCUCAUACCAGCGCUGGCUAAAGUUCUCUUAUAUAGUCUGGGAUCUGUUUUCCCCAUUGAGAACAUUUACAGUGCAACAAAAAUAGGAAAAGAGAGUUGCUUUGAACGCAUAAUGCAAAGGUUUGGCAGGAAAGUAGUGUAUGUUGUAAUUGGGGACGGUGUGGAAGAGGAGCAGGCGGCCAAAAAGCACAACAUGCCUUUCUGGAGGAUAUCCAGUCACUCUGACCUGCUGGCACUACACCAAGCACUGGAGUUUGAGUACCUGUAACUAUUAUAGCAAUAUGGACUCAUGCAAUGUUACCGUGGACAUGGUCAGCCAGGCAGCCCCCUUCUUUUGUAUAACUAUUUAAGAACAAACAAUACACUGCAACUGUUUUUGUGAUUUUUUUUUCUUCUUCUUUUUUGUCUUGUCUUUUUGAACGUCUGGAUUUACAAACUGUCUUAAGAAGCAAAGGAGAUGAGAAAGGAGGUAUAAAAAAAAAA